CACCAGAGCCAAUUUGACGGAAGGAGCGGCGCGGCGGUGGCGGAGGAGAAUGGAGGCGGUGGUGUUCGUCUUCUCUCUCCUUGACUGUUGUGCGCUUAUCUUCCUCUCAGUGUACUUCAUAAUUACAUUGUCUGAUUUAGAAUGUGAUUACAUUAAUGCUAGAUCAUGUUGCUCGAAAUUAAACAAGUGGGUAAUUCCAGAAUUGGUUGGCCAUACUAUUGUCACUGUGUUAAUGCUCAUUUCAUUGCACUGGUUCAUCUUCCUUCUCAACUUGCCUGUUGCCACUUGGAAUAUAUAUCGGUUCAUUAUGGUGCCAAGUGGUAACAUGGGAGUGUUUGAUCCAACAGAAAUACACAAUCGAGGGCAGCUGAAGUCACACAUGAAAGAAGCCAUGAUCAAGCUUGGCUUCCACCUGCUCUGUUUCUUCAUGUAUCUUUAUAGUAUGAUUUUAGCUUUGAUAAAUGACUGAAGCUGGAGAAGCCGUAGUUGAAGUCAGCCUACACUACAGUGCACAGUUGAGGAGCCAGAGACGACUUAAAUCAUCCUUAGAACCAUGACCAUAGCAGUAUAUUUUUUCCUCUUUGAACAAAAAAUAUUUUUGCUGUAUUUUUACCAUAUAAAGUAUUUAAAAAACAUGAA